AUGGGUGUUUUAAGUCCAAUAUGUGCUCUUUUCUUCUUUCUUGGAGCCAAAGUAUAUGGCCAAUAUGAAAGUUAUCAAUGGGAUGAAGAUUAUGAUCAAGAGUCAGAGGAUGUCUACCAGCCUGAAUUCCAUUUCCAUCAAAAUAGAGAUUAUGGAGUUCCUUUUCCUCACACCCUAGGCUGUGCCAGUGAAUGCUUCUGUCCGCUGAACUUCCCAUUGUCAAUGUACUGUGAUAACCGCAAACUCCGGACCAUCCCAAAGAUCCCCGCGCACGUGCGGCAAGUCUACCUGCAGUUCAACGAGAUAGAGGAAGUGCCUGUGGAUCCCUUCGCCAACGCGACUCAUCUUCAAGAAAUCGACCUCAGCCACAACAAAAUUCAGUCUCACAAGAUCGACGCUGGUGUGUUCGCCAAGCUAUCAAAUCUACUCCAACUUCACCUACAGCAUAACCUUCUGGAAGAAUUUCCAUCUCCGCUUCCUGGGUCUCUGGAGAGACUCCUUCUGGGUUACAACCAGAUCUCCAGACUGCAGGCAAACACCCUGGAAACGCUCGCGAACCUCACCAUGCUUGACCUCUGCCAUAAUCUUCUAGAUGACUCUACUUUAGGGGAAGAGGGUCUUGCCAAAAUGGAGAAACUGAUGCAACUCAACCUAUGUUAUAACAAAUUAGAAUCAAUGCCACCUGGUUUGCCGCCUUCACUGAUGUAUCUGUCCUUAGAAAAUAACUCCAUUUCUUCUAUACCAGAGAAUUACUUCAAUAAACUUCCAAAACUUCAUGCCAUAAGAAUGUCACACAACAAACUGCAAGACAUCCCAUAUAAUAGUUUUAAUCUUUCCAGUCUGGUAGAGCUCAAUGUUGGACACAACAAACUGAAGCAAGCAUUUUAUAUCCCACGGAAUCUAGAACACUUAUACCUAGAGAAUAAUGAAAUUGAAAGUAUCAAUGUUACGCUCCUGUGUCCAUCAGCCGACCCACUACACAACCACCAUCUGACAUACAUUCGUGUGGACCAAAACAAGCUAAGAGAGCCAAUAGGCUCAUACAUUUUCCUCUGCUUCCCUAACAUCCAUACCAUCUAUUAUGGUGAACAAAGAAGUGGUAAUGGUGAAACAAUACAACUGAAGACCCAAGUUUUCAGGUUCCAUGAUGAUGCGGAUAGUGAAGAGAAUAUUGGUCAUGACGAAGGCCCAGAAGAACAAGAGCCAGAAGAAAACACUGACCCUCACUAUUAUGGAAGUCACGAAUGGCAAGAAACUAUAUAG